UGCCUAAACUUAUGUGUAAAUGUAAGUGCAGCUCAAGUGCAAAGGGAAUGGUUGAAUAAAAGUUGGCUUAAUGUCAGACUCAUAUCUGACAGUCUCUGACUUAUAUGACUGUGUCUGUUUGUGUGAUGACAGAGAAUCAGUGGUUCCUCAGUACAGACGGGUCUGCGGUUCUUCGGCCUGUCUCUGAGUGAGUCUGCCCUGGACCACAGUGGAGACCGUUUGACGGACAUCGCUGUUGGAUCCAAAGGAAGAGUCAUUCUCCUCAGGUCCAGACCCAUUGUGUCCUUGGUGACCAAAGUAACCUAUAGUCCAUCAAAAAUCCCCACCAGACCCACUGACUGUGUGAAUCCUCUGGAAAACACUCUACGCUUGUGCUUCACUAUGAGUGGAGUGAACACUCAGAUAAGAGGUUUGGCUGCAAAUAUUAACUACACUUUAAAACUUGAUGCGAAGCGACAGAACUCUCGGGCGUACUUUUCACCUAAAAACCGCCUUCUAACUGAUAAGAUGACUGUUCGCCUACAGGAGGUGUGCAACAACCACAAGUUCAAUAUAGAGGCCUGCGCAGAGGACGCUCUAAACCCGCUGUCCAACGAGUUAACAUUUACUUUUGAGGGCCUCCCUCUUAGUGGACAGGACAACUUAAAGCCUGUACUUCACCCUGACAUAAGACACACCUCAGACCACAAACUGGAUUUUGAAAUAGACUGUGGACCCGACAACAUCUGCAUCGACAACCUCAAAGUGGAUUUCAACUUCUCUGGACACUCAGACAUAAAAGUUGGAAUAAUGCAGGAUAUGAAUGUGACAGUCUUUGUGGAGAACAGAGGAGAAAACUCCUACAACAGUCACGUCAAGCUCACGUACCCCUUUGGACUUUCCUUCAGGAGAGUCACCAGCAGACAGGGCAGAGUGGAGUGCGUAUCUGUGGACAGUGAUCAGAAAGGUACACUUGGGACGACCACCUGCUACAUCAGUAAACCCAUCCUCAGGGAGAAUUCUUUGGCUGUGUUUGAGAUCACAUACAGCAUAAACAAAGAAAGUAACUUUGACAGGAUGGUGAGUUUCACUGCGACUGCUGACAGUGGCAAUGAUAAACAUGCAGCUGACAGCGAACUGUCUAAAAAUAAAACCAUCGGUGUGAAGUACGCCAUCUACGUCGCUCUAAUAAGGCACGAGAAUUCCAGCAUCCACAUUAACUUCACUGCAGGGAAGAACAACCUUGAGAAACCUGUCAAUCACAUAUUCAAGGUGGAGAAUGACCUGAGGGAUGUAAACCUCACGAUUCUCAUCAGAGUACCAAUAAAACUCGGAGAGAAGGACAUCUGGGCCAAUAAGAACUUGCAGAUUCCAGACUGUAGCAUGGACAGAGACGAGAAACCCACAAUCCCUGAUUUUGUGGAGGCACUAAAGAAACAUCAGUCGGUGAACUGCUCUGUGGCUGUGUGCAGACUGUUCAGGUGUAGUGCAAAUCUCAUGAAACGUGACCUGAAAUUCUACAAUAUCUCUGCUAAUGUCAGCUCUGGCUGGAUUGAACAGACCGGACUCCGAUCAGCAGUUUUUGAGCUGGUCAGUACAGCAACUCUGGAAUACGACAGAAAUAAAUACAUCUACUAUUCUUCAGACUCUUUGCACACGGCACCCGUUAGAGAGAUUAAUACCCAGGUGGAGGUGUAUGAGGAGAAGAACAUGCUUAAGGAGAUUAUUGGAGGAGUGAUAGGAGGGCUGCUGCUUUUGGCUCUCAUCACUGCUGGCCUCUACAAGGCCGGCUUCUUUAAGAGCCAGUAUAAGCAGAUGUUGGAGGACGCAGGAGCCGGGCCUGAGGGGGCCGGAGAGGGGGCGCAGGCGCCUGGAGGAGAAUAAACCCUGCGGAGUGACCGCUGUGAUUCUGAUACACAGUUACUCACCUAUAUUUGCCAGUUUAAAACUUUACUGUGUACCAUAAACUUCAUACUGAUCUUUAUACUGUGUGUCUGUAAAUCUCCAGUCUUAAACUGGUUUUCUGUAGAAAAUAUGUUCAACCCCUUAAAAUCCCAGCAUUAUUUCAUACCAAGGGCUAUUAUUCAGUAACUACUUGGACUGCAAUGCAAACUGGCUCACACUUAUUCUUAGGUUAUAGGAGUGUGUAGUAAAUCUUUGGUUCUGGCCAUUUAAGGGGUUAAUGUACACCAGUAAACGUUUGUGGAGGCCUAGUUUUCAAAAUGUUUGCAUUAAAUAUCAAUGUUUUCUGGU